CUUGUCUCUCUCCCACGUCUCCCAGCCAAGCAACCGCGCCGGUCGACGGAGACCAUUCCUUCGUUCCCAGGCGGCGGCUAAUCUCUGCUUCAUUCUCUUCGAAGACUAAGAUCAGGGCAGAGGCGAGCUCGCUAGGGAGCAGUUAGCGCGCGGCGACCAGGCCGUGGACUCGUACUAGCAGCGAUUCGGAUCCCCCGAUUCAUUCGAUUUGCCUGCGCCGGAGAUCCAACUUCCCCUGUCUCCGUGCCUCGCCGGAGAGGGGAAGGAGAUCCGACCGAAUCGGACUCCAUCCAUGUCCCAGCCCCGCAGGCCCAGCAGUACUGCCGGCGGGGAUUCCAUCAGGUCAUGGAUCAUGUGCGGCGGCCACCUCCAGCGCGGCGUCGGCUCCCUCGUCCGCGAACACCCCUGCGGCGGGGGCCCCGACCCCUACUACCUCAAGGGGGGCAAGAUGCUCAGGCCAGAGAAAUGGAACGCUUGCUUCGAUACCGAAGGAAGGGUCACAGGGUUCCAUAAGACCCUAAAGUUCAUCGUCUUGGGAGUGAGUUCACUAACUGAUACCGUUCCUUUCAUGCUUGAAAGACUUAUUUCAUCUUGCUGCACCUACGCACACCUGAGGCAGAUCAUACCAGGAUGA